ACUCGAAUUGAAAAAGGUUCAGAUUGUCCAAUUCGAAUUGAAGAAGGAUGAACUUUUCUGAGUUUGAGAUUGACGGAGAUGUUGGAAUUCGCCUUGCAGAUAACUCUUUUUUCUCUAUUUCAAACGGUUUUUCUUCUCUUUUUCCAGCAAUGUUUCUUAUGCUUCUGUUAUUCGACUCUUUGAUAUUAUUGUUUACCCACUUGAAGAAUUCGAUUCAAGCAGUUCGUUUAGAUCUAUUUGAGUUAAGUUUUUGAACUCAAAAGGGUUUUUGUAUUCCAGCCUAAGUUGGACUAUAAAAUAAACAAGAUACUGUAUAAAAGUCAUCAUCACCAAUCACCAAAACCAGUCAACAAGAUUUAUCAGAAAAUUCUCAUGUAACAGUGGAGUGAGGAAGUCAUUCUGCUUUUACCACGUGUCCAGUAAAUAAAUUCACAUUUCUUUUAUUUUCGGUUGAACUGUCCAUUCCGUUCUCCAUUGAUUACAGAUUUCUACCUUUCUCUCUGUUUCCCUUUGCCCUCUCUGAUUUCGCUCAAUGUCUAUGAAUCCCGACGAACCUCAAUUACAAAACGGCGCCGCACCGGCACCCGAGCCAGAUGCAGAUCCGAAGGUGGAGGUGACGGAAGAGACCUCGACCCACCCUCCGUCUACCGAACAAACGCCUCAAAAAGAAAUACAAAAGAAUGAAGGGAACCGAAAUUUCACGAUGAGAGAGUUGCUUACUGAUUUGAAAAGCGAAGAUGGUGAAAAUAGCAUCAACGACGCAAGCCCCAGUCAAGGGAAUACACCACACCAAUUCUCAGAGCAAAACAAUGCUGCUAUGGAGUUGAUCAGUAGUGUCACAGGUGUUGAUGAAGAGGGUCGAUCUCGCCAGCGAAUUCUUACAUUUGCUGCUAAGAGGUAUGCCAGUGCCAUAGAGAGAAACCCAGAAGAUUAUGAUGCGUUAUACAAUUGGGCAUUGGUUCUUCAGGAAAGUGCUGAUAACGUCAGUCCAGAUUCUACUUCACCUUCUAAAGAUUCUUUGCUUGAGGAAGCUUGUAAAAAGUAUGAUGAAGCUACACAGCUUUGCCCUACACUUCAUGAUGCUUUCUACAACUGGGCCAUAGCAAUUUCUGACCGAGCAAAAAUGCGAGGCCGUACUAAGGAGGCUGAAGAACUGUGGAAGCAGGCAACAAAAAACUAUGAGAAAGCCGUCCAACUCAACUGGAACAGUCCCCAGGCUCUUAACAAUUGGGGUCUUGCUUUACAGGAACUCAGUGCAAUUGUUCCUGCACGAGAAAAGCAAACAAUUGUGAGAACAGCAAUUAGUAAGUUCCGGGCUGCCAUAAAAUUGCAGUUUGACUUCCAUCGAGCUAUAUACAACCUUGGGACUGUCUUGUAUGGAUUAGCAGAGGACACAUUAAGAGCUGGAGGCGCAGCAAAUCCUAAAGAUGUUACCCCUAAUGAGUUGUAUAGUCAAUCAGCCAUCUACAUUGCUGCUGCCCAUGCUUUAAAACCAAGUUACUUAGUUUACAGCAGUGCCUUGCGGCUUGUGCGUUCCAUGCUGCCUUUACCUUACCUGAAAAUUGGAUAUUUGAUGGCACCACCUGCGGGUAGUGUAGUGGCACCUCAUAGUGAUUGGAAAAGAUCGCAGUUUGUUUUGAAUCAGGAAGGGCUUCAACAGGUUAACAAAAUUGAACAGAAGCAAGUUUCCCGAAGCCUAUCUGGCAUGUCAGAAGAUUUUAGUCCGGACAGAAGGACCAUCAGAAUCGAAGUUCCUGAUAUUGUUUCUGUAUCAGCUUGUGCUGAUCUGACUUUACCGCCAGGUGCAGGCCUCUGCAUUGACACGAUUCAUGGACCAGUUUUCAUGGUUGCUGACUCAUGGGAAUCCCUAGAUGGAUGGCUUGAUGCGAUCCGUCUAGUUUACACAAUCUAUGCUCGAGGAAAGGCUGCCGUUCUGGCAGGUAUAAUGUCUAGCUGAGUAUGUGUGCUUGUUGAUUGUAUCACAGUGGAGACAUUUUUCCCCAGGAACUUGAUAAUUUAUUAAUGGGAUUUGGUUACGGAAAUAAAUAUUCUGUAUAUUAUAAAUUUUUGGGGCGGAAAAUGUUGUUUCAGUUUGAGUAUGCAGAGCAGCACCCAAAUUCAAUAAUUUAUUUCAAAUGAUGAAUUGUAAUAGAUUUUUCAAAAGAUCCUCUUAGAAGGAUAGUGAAGUAUAAAUAGUUUCUCUUA